AUGAUAAAAUAUACCCACACCCACUCCGAUAAUGUGUUCAGCGACGUCGAUGACCCUGAGCUCAAAAAUCGGACUUGCGAUCUAGCUCUCAUCUCGGCCAAGUGGCAGCACGACCGUGGCAAUGUGGUAAAACAUAUCACAUGUCUUCCAUUCAAGUAUCUUCUCCUCCAGCGUAUGAAGGCAUAUCUAAGAAUAACUUCAACUGCGGAGCGUGAACGCCGGAUAUUUGAAGAUGUAGAUGCUUCGAAAGCCUACCUGGCUUAUACAAAGACAAUAUCGCUAGCUGAGCUUCCGUCGCAGGAUGAUGCCUUAUUCAAUGUACUUUUUGAGGGCUUAUGUGCUACGGUCCCUGAUGCGAAGGAGACUUUUGAUGCCCUUCUUAUUUUCUCGACGCGACCACCAGAGGCGGUGACUAACCUGAUGACGACAGACCAUGAGUGGGACGCAAGACUCCAGUCCUCCCCAGCCUCACCGCCUUUCCCACAGAAGGCUACCGCUUCACUUUCAGUCUCGACACCAGCCAGUCCGGUGAUCCCAACGCGAGGCUUUCGCGCCGUCGUAUUCCGUGCUGCCAAGGAAGUUACUCGUAUCUUCAGAGAGGCAGAGUUUACAUUUGCAAUCUUGGGGAGUACGGCUUGUUAUCUCUACGGAAACGAACGUUUGCCAAAUGAUGUUGACAUUCUGAUGUCAUCGCAUACCUGUGAAGUAGAGGGCCUGAAGGAAUUCCUUGUCACUAAGAACCCGACGCGUUUCUACCUCGUGAAUGCUAAAUCACCUAGGGCUACGUGGAAGGUCCUGUGGUACCACGAUCAUAACGCAGAUGGGAAACUGGAGAAAACGAAGGUCGAUCUCCUCAAACCGGGGGUAUUACAGCUUCCGAUGAUGUUUUCGGAGGCUAUAGUGGAUAAGCAGGGAUUACCCGUCGUUCCUAUGUCGAUUCUACUUCUGCACAAACUGAAGGGAUGGGAGGAUAACAUGCAGUCAACGGCGCUACGUCUUCGGAGCAAACAUGAUGCAGAUGUGGGAGAUAUAGGUUCGUUAUUGAGGAUCGUCCUGGAGGAUAUGAGUUCGCAGGAAAGGAAAAACUCGACGUAUUGGAAACGGUUUGCACUGGAACGGUUUGAUGAGGAAUUCCGAGAUGGGACCGAGCGUCGGGCUGGUAGACACAAAUACAUGUUUUCUGUUCACUUGCCACAGUCCUGCAAAUGGGAGGAUAUCUGUGGUUCGAUCCUGUGGAGCGUGUUGCCUGUAGCAUUCUUACGAUACUACGAUUCACUAUUUAAUACACCGUCAUAG